AUGGCCACCACCAAGCAAAGCAGAAAGUUGUAAAUAUUUCUGCACAUUGUCCAAGUUUCCACCUUUCCCACACCCGAUAAAGAAAUUUGCAUUAUGCCAGGAGCUAAGAAGGAUAAGAAGAAAGGGACUGAGGAUGAUGUCCCAGUCAUCUUGAAAGGCAUCUACAUGUUUCCUAAUGGCGACCGUUACGACGGAGAGUACGUCCAACUUGAAGAUGGCAGCAUUGUACGAUCUGGCGCGGGGUCUCACUUCACCGCAGACGGUCAGCACUUCCACGGAACCUGGGUCGCAGACAAGAUGGAAGGACAAGGGCGAAUGGAACUGCCGUCUGGCGCAUUCUAUGAGGGAGAUUUCGUGAACAACCAAUAUCAUGGUAUUGGAAAAUAUACCUGGCCUAAUGGCUCGUUUUAUGAUGGACAGUUUGUUGAAAAUAGGAUGGAAGGCGAUGGUGAAUUUACAGACACUGACCAGCAAAUUUGGACAGGGACAUUCCGAUACAAGGCAGCCCCAGGACUUCGAUUCAAACUUCAGGCAGAAGUGAAUUAGAAGUUUUAGAUAUGCUAAAGACAUUUAGGUCCAUCGUACUAGGACUUUGGCUCAUGCAGCCGCCAAUAUAAGCCUUGUACCCCCACCCCUACAUCAAUUUCUUCCAUUAUCUCCUGGUGUCAUGUAGGCUCAUCUUCUGUGUGACAUGUGCAUUGUUUUACUGUGACAGGUCAAUAUUGAUUCAUUCUGGUAUUUUCAUGCCCCUGUGAUGUACGCAGAGAGAAUAAUAUUCUUUGAACUGCUUGGAGAAUGCACUUGUAUUGGUAGUAUCAAAUUCCGUCCAAAGCUUGCGGACAGAAAUGGUCUGCAUGACUCUGUCAUGUCCUUUCAGACUCUAUUCAUAGUAAGCCUGCUACUUCUUCUUUUACCUCUGGCACAAGGACAGAGCAUAGGUAAAUUUCAACAACUGUUUUGCUAAAUUGCCUGCAAUCUGACGUUUUCUGAUAAUUCAAGAAAAAAGUUGGUAGUGAAUAAGGA